CCUCCAGCACCUUCAGGAGCCCACACGCAGCCUCCAGCACCUUCAGGAGCCCACAAGAAGCCUCCAGCACCUUCAGGAGCCCACACGCAGCCUCCAGCACCUUCAGAAGCCCACACACAGCCUCCAGUACCUUCAGGAGCCCACACGCAGCCUCCAGUACCUUCAGGAGCCCACACGCAGCCUCCAGCACCUUCAAAAGCCCACACACAGCCUCCAGUACCUUCAGGAGCCCACACGCAGCCUCCAGUACCUUCAGGAGCCCACACGCAGCCUCCAGUACCUUCAGGAGCCCACACGCAGCCUCCAGCACCUUCAGGAGCCCACACGCAGCCUCCAGCACCUUCAGGAGCCCACACGCAGCCUCCAGUACCUUCAGGAGCCCACACACAGCCUCCAGUACCUUCAGGAGCCCACACGCAGCCUCCAGCACCUUCAGGAGCCCACACGCAGCCUCCAGUACAUUCAGGAGCCCACACACAGCCUCCAGUACCUUCAGGAGCCCACACGCAGCCUCCAGCACCUUCAGGAGCCCACACGCAGCCUCCAGCACCUUCAGUAGCCCUCACACAGCCUCCAGUACCUUCAGGAGCCCACACACAGCCUCCAGCACCUUCAGAAGCCCACACACAGCCUCCAGUACCUUCAGGAGCCCACAAGAAACCUCCAGUACCUUCAGGAGCCCACACGCAGCCUCCAGUACCUUCAGGAGCCCACACGCAGCCUCCAGUACCUUCAGGAGCCCACACGCAGCCUCCAGCACCUUCAGGAGCCCACAAGAAGCCUCCAGUACCUUCAGGAGCCCACACGCAGCCUCCAGUACCUUCAGGAGCCCACACGCAGCCUCCAGUACCUUCAGGAGCCCACACGCAGCCUCCAGCACCUUCAGGAGCCCACAAGCAGCCUCCAGUACCUUCAGGAGCCCACACGCAGCCUCCAGUACUUCAGGAGCCCACACGCAGCCUCCAGCACCUUCAGGAGCCCACACGCAGCGUCCAGCAUCUUCAGGAGCCCACACGCAGCCUCCAGCAUCUUCAGGAGCCCACACGCAGCCUCCAGCACCUUCAGAAGCCCACACGCAGCCUCCAGCAUCUUCAGGAGCCCACACGCAGCCUCCAGCACCUUCAGGAGCCCACACGCAGCCUCCAGCACCUUCAGGAGAUAAUUUCCCUUCUCUGGGACAAGAAUCUUGUACUGGAGCCUAUGGAGGUCUCCCUUAGGAUAACACUAGAUCUUUCUAGGAUGGAAUCUGAGACGGAUGCCAGUUCCUGUGUACCGGGUCGUGCCAUGAGCCACACUAAGGUUCAUGUUAGAGUCCAAAAUGACUGUAAAAAUGACAAAGUCAAGAAACUCUCUGCAGAAGUUCAAAUUCACAAUGCCUUGACAAAUGGCAAAGUCAAUUACUCGUCUUCAAACGUUAAAGUUACAAUGACUGAAAAAUCUCUUAAAGUCAGGAAUCUCAUCUCAAAAGUUAAAGUCCACAAACCAUGCAAUAUGACUAAGUCCAGAAUCUCCUCUCCCGAG